AUGCUUCGUCGCCAUUCUCUCAAGCCUAGUGGUCUACUCACGCUCAUCUCGAACAUUGUUCUUUUUGGAUCCAUUUUAACAGGUGAUGCAGCUCAGUACGAUGCCACCAAACUCAGAGACUGCUUGAGUAGCUCCAGCAUCUUGGCUUCCUUAGCGACCUUUUCUGAUGCUACCAACUGGGAGACUAUUACCUCCCCAUGGGCUCUGCGGUUCAACCCAGAACCAGCCGCGCUUGUUGUCCCUCGCAGCCGAGACGAUAUCGCUGCUGCGUUGGGAUGCGCUGUAAAUGCGGGCGUGAAGGUUUCCCCGCUGAAUGGAGGACAUUCCUACGGAGCUUACGGGCUGGGUGGUGUGGACGGAGCACUCGUGAUCAAUAUGGAGCGCUUCACUGAGACCACAUUCGACGAGGGGACUGGUCUGUUCAAGUACGGUGGUGGAAGCCGAGUUGGGCCUGCUGCAACAUGGCUUUGGGAAAACCACGGGCGUCACUUCCCCCACGUUCGAGCUAACUGGGUAGGCCUAUCUGGUUCUUCCAUCGGAGGAGGCUUUGGAACCACAAGUCGUUUCCUCGGUACUCCCAUGGACAACCUCGAAAGCGUGGAAGUGAUGCUAUACAACGGUACCGUGGUGACUGCUUCCCGCACGGAAAACCCCGACCUGUUCUUCGUCAUUCAAGGCGCAGGCUCGUCUUAUGGCAUAAUCCUGUCUCUGACUACUCGCACUUGGAAACCAGAAUUCAAUAUUGUCACAAACUUCACGAUCUCACUGGGUGCCGCCGACCUUGACACAGGCGCCCAAGCCCUAGUCGAUCUUCAGGACUGGGCAAUGACUAAAGCACCCGAUACCUUCGCCCUGCGAUGGCAACUGGCUGGAGAAUGGAACGGUAGUGGAUACUUCUAUGGUAACCCGGACGAGUUUGAUGCUCUAUUCGCUGGUCUCGUCGAACGGCUCCCAAACACUACCACAACGACCGUGCGAACAGCGGAUUUCUGGGCUAUGGAGAACUUUGCCGUUCCACAGCUCAACGGAACUACCGAUGCCUUUCCUCCACGCAGCAUGUAUCUGCAAGCUCUAGUCCUGCGCAAAGAUCAGCCUUUCACCUUCGAGUCCGCCAAAGCGCUCUACCAGUAUACUACACUCGCCUUCAACCGCACUGACCUGACUGAGUUUGGCUUCCUAGACCUAUGGGGAGGCGUGUCCAGGGAAGUUGACGACUCGAAGCAAGCGAUGGCAUACUCUAACAACCAGUGGCUCAUCCGAUGGGAAGGACGUCUUGCAAACGGCCUGACCCAAUGGCCUGCUGACGGCAUUGAGUACAUGCAAGCUGGUUUCCGACCUUUCCAGGAGCAGUUGAAGAAAGAAGGUGUUCCACUGAGGGGUUUUGUCAACUACAGAGACACAGAGCUCACCGUUGAGGAAUGGAGCGCAAGGCUGUACGGCGACAACUUUGAGAAGAUGAAGAGGAUCAAGUCGGACUUGGAUCCGCAAGGUAUUUUUACGACGCAUGCGCAGAGCAUUCCCACGUCCUGA